AUGGUACAAACACAGGUAGAGGCAGAAGCACAUGGUUUGCACUACAAUAUUAUGACGAAAUGGUAUACCUUACACAAACUGCACAACUAUACCUGGAAACUUGUCGUUCGCCUCUUGGAGAUGCGUAUACUAUUUUCGAGUCAUUCCGUGCAGAGAAAUCUCAUACACGAAGACAUUUGUCUGAGAAGAUACAUUCAUGUAGAAGCUGAAAUGACUUUCAUUACAUUUGAUGAUCUACUCGAAACAGUAGAAGACAUGACAUGCGACGUCGACUAUAAUAUCACAAAAGAUGAUGGAACUUUCUAUAAAUUUGGUGAAGAUAUUCCGGAAGCACCUGAACGAGCAAUAAUUGAUAGUAUUGGACCCCGUCUUCUUGUGUCGAUUCCCCGUUGA